AUGCCAGUCUACCUCUGCCACGGCUUCCGCUGGCACCGACGGAGUAUCCAGUACUUCGUCGUGCUGAGGGACAUCGACGAUGCGGCGCCCGCCUGGAUCGUGGCGCCGCACAGCGCCGUGGCCAUCCUCGAGACCUUCUACGGCCUGUACGAUUUUAUUCCACCAUCCACCCCAUCUCGAGGUCGAGGUCAGAUGGACAGCCUGAGGCGGGAUCCAAGUGCUUCUUCGUCUUCUGCCGGCGUGCGCAAUCAAUCGACGACUCGGUCAUCGCAGCUCCCCAAACCAGACGAGACGCAUCCGCUUCCUUCACUGCCGCCACCAUCUCCUCCGGAGGACGACAACAAUAUCGCGUUCAACGACUGGUCGACCGUCAAGUUCCUAGAGGAAUUCGAUCCUUCUAACGAGACCGUGGCGUGCGCGCCGUGGGCGUACGUCGCUGACUAUGUGGUCCGCGUAGACACUUCGAAGGGAGUGAUGGAGGAAAUGCAGCGCUACGAGGAGCGCAUGAAGCUGGACAAAAACAAAGCCAUGAGCGGACCGGGAGAUGAGACAGGCCGCACGAUAAACACUAUGGCAAACCCAAACGCCGGAUGGUUCGAAAAGCUCCGGGAUAAACUGCAAAGGGGUGAGGAAAUACGGUGGUACAUUGUGGUUUGUGGCGAUGAGGAGAGAGCGAUACCU